UUAUUCUUCUGAUCCGGGUUCGAGAAAAGGUGAAGGAGUUUUAUUUUUGUUCUUCAUAAUUUGAUCCAACAUUGCGCUAACUACAUUUUCUUUUUGGGUAAAAAUUGCGCUAACUAACUUUCUAAUCCAAAAUCGAAUCUAAAGCAAAGAACGUUUUCAUUUUCACACUACGAGCCCUCAGACUUGUGGCUCAGUUCCUCGUGCUUACCUAAACGGUAGAUUAAGCUUCUGUUAAAUGUAUUCUAUAAAUUAGAAGGCUGACAUGCUGAUAAUCUUAUCAAACAAACAAAAAAAAAACAUCUGAGAUAUAAAAGAAACACAAAAAAAGAAACACAAUGGAGAACUCGGACUUUGCAAUGAUGCCCGAAGAGUUGAAGGAUGUCAUUCGUUCAAAAUUGCCUCCCAAGUCUCUGGCAAGGUGUAUUGUGGUUUCUAAGGAAUGGGAGAGGUCUAUUGGGGAUAGACGCCUCCAGCAUACUCAUUACCAAGAGUCCAAGAAACAACCCAUGCUUGUUCUUCUGAGGCUCUGUCAACGAGGAGUCUGGAACGACGGCGAACCUCAAUACGAGUCGUUCAAUACCGUCAACCAAGAGCGCCCGCAGCCGAUCGCUGAUCCUCACCAUGUGACAACGCUUCCAAACUCAGAUUUCGCCGUCACGUCCGGACCUAUAAGAGGCCUCCUCUGCCUGCAUUCCGACAGGUACCUCGUCCUCUGCAAUCCGGCGAUCAGAAAAUGUCUGACGGUGCUCGAGUUCGAGCCGGAGCCGCCGCAGACCCGAAAGAGAUUCAACCACCGAGGCUUUUUAUUUGGAUUUGACGAACAGUCCAAGGCUUUUAAAGUCAUAAAGACAGAGGCCGGUGACCACAAUUUACCUUGGCGCCAUGAGAUAUUCACCGUUCAACCCGGAGAGGUCAUAUGGCGUCAGAUCGACUGUCCUCGUCCCUACACGCCAAUCACCAACUCGCUCUCCAUUGAAGGUAACGUGUACCUGGGUGCGGUGCAUAACAAGACAUGUCUUGCAGUUACUGUGAAUUUGACUACAGAGUCGAUCUUGAUUACGGAGCUGCCUACGGCUUUCCUACUUAAGCUUGGUAUCACCAAACUGAGAAGUUACAAUGGCCAACCAUGUUUAGUUUCCGAUUCUGCGCAUGAGUUAGCUACUACGGGAAAGUUUAAGAUCUGUGUAAAGGACAAGGAUUCUGGACUCUGGGGGGAGAGAGAGGUAGAGGUUAAGGGUUGGAGAGAGAAGGUCACUGGCUCGUAUUCCUUUGAAGGAACCAUACCAUCUGGUGAAUUGGUCUUCGCAAAGAAGAAGCUCGAGACUGGUUUUCAGAUGUUACUCUACUACGACCCUCGCAUGGAAACCUUCAACGAGUAUCAGAUUCAGACGGAGGAGGAUUAUGACUCUGCGGAGAUCUUCCUUAACCACAAACCAAGCAUCUACAUUUAA